AUGUCGAUCGAGAAGCGAGAAAAGUUGGAGGCCCAGAUCAAGUCUGUGGACAUGACGGAGGACAUGCAGCAAGAGGCCAUUGAAGUUGCGACGGAGGCGAUGGACAAGUUGCACAUUGAAAAGGAUAUCGCCCAAUACAUCAAGAAAGAGUUUGAUUCGCGCAAAGGCGCAACGUGGCACUGCAUAGUCGGCCGCAAUUUUGGCAGCUUCGUUACCCACGAGUUCUCCUCAAAGCUGGAAGGCUAUGAGCAAACCCGGGCAUUCUGUCAGAACUGCGGAAACUGGGACGUUCAGUGCGAAACAAGGUGGCCCUGGUUCACCGUCUGCUUUGUUCCUUGCAUUCCACUGGGUUCUAAAUGCAAAGAAGCCCAUUGCUAUCGAUGCGGGUUCACUCAGGAUAUGAGCAUGCGUCCUGAUAUCACGCCGAACACGCAGCCUCCGCCAGGCGUUUCCUGGGGCCCAGCAUAUGGUCCACCGCCGGUACUGAUGAAGUAUCCAGGACCUAUGCAGCCUCCACCAGCAGCCACCCAGGCUCCACCUGUAUCCUCGGGGGCCAAUCCAGAUGCGGGCAAUGUGUACAAGUGA